UAGCAGCAGCGGCAGUCUACAGUACAUCGGCAACCAUGUAGCUCUGCGAGCCUCAAUAUCUUUCUCAGACGAGGUUAAGUACCACGUCGUCACAUUUAUUCGUGUUGCAAUAAAGUAUCAGUGUGUCAGAAUGUGUCUGUGAAAAAAAACCGAACACUUGGACGGAAAUUACAAGGCGAAGGAGCCGAAACAGACGCCUGUAAAAUAUCUGCCCUCCUGGACGUUUAGAAGGGACACUUGGCUCCUCUGGAGAUUUAUCAGGCUGUAUAGUCGUUUCUUCUGCCUUUGAAAUGACUGCACUAUUCCGAUUAGGUAGAUUUUAAAGUCAGGUGAAGGGUGCUUAAGGAUACCCGGGUUUGUAUUUGCACCAGAGCUGCCUGGUUAUCCGCGUUACCGCCCCGUUUUUUCUCCUCUUGGAGUAUCGCUAACAGCACGGGAAGACAGGGGAAGACCGGAGAUACCUUGCUGGGUUUGGAUUAUAACCUAGACAAGCUUACACCAUGGGGAAUACGACCUCCUGCUGCGUGUCCUCGAGCCCGAAACACCGGAGGAACAACCACUCAAGGCUUGAGCCCUACCGACCGGAGCCCGAGCUGAGCCGGGAGGACACGGGCUGCAACCUCCAGCACAUCAGCGACAGAGAAAACCUAGACGAUCUGCCCAUGGAGUACAAUCCCUCAGAUCAUCCCCGGGCCAGCACCAUCUUCCUCAGCAAGUCACAGACUGAUGUUGCUGUCCCCAACAAGAGAGUUCGAGAAAAAAGGAAGAGCCUCUACAUCAACCAUUUUACACAUAUUUCGGAGAGCAAGCAUCAUCCAGGCCCGGUGAGACGGAAGUACAGCUCAUGUUCAACCAUAUUCCUCGAUGACAGCACUGUCAGUCAGCCCAACCUCAAAUACACCAUCAAAUGUGUAGCCCUCGCAAUAUACUACCACAUAAAAAACAGAGACAUCGAUGGAAGAAUGUUGUUAGACAUUUUUGACGAGAAGCUUCAUCCCCUUUCGAAGUCAGAAGUUCCUCCAGAUUAUGACAAACAUGACCCCGAGCAGAAACAGAUCUACCGCUUCGUCAGGACGCUAUUCAGCGCCGCACAGCUCACCGCAGAGUGUGCCAUCGUCACACUGGUCUACUUGGAAAGGCUCCUGACCUAUGCUGAGAUCGACAUUUGUCCUGCGAACUGGAAGCGUAUUGUAUUAGGAGCCAUCCUGCUGGCAUCGAAGGUCUGGGACGACCAGGCGGUCUGGAACGUCGACUACUGCCAAAUUCUCAAGGAUAUCACAGUGGAGGACAUGAAUGAGUUGGAGCGUCAGUUCCUUGAGCUACUUCAGUUCAACAUCAACGUGCCGUCCAGCGUCUACGCCAAGUAUUACUUUGACCUGCGCUCACUCGCUGAGGCCAACAACCUCAGCUUCCCCCUGGAGCCCCUCAGCAGGGACAAGGCCCAGAAACUCGAGGCCAUCUCACGGUUGUGUGAUGACAAAUACAAGGACUUGAGGAAACAGGCCAAGAAGCGGUCGGUGAGCGCAGACAACCUUACGGUGGUGCGGUGGUGUCCAGCCAUCAUUUCUUAACACUGACCGCCUGCAGCUCGGAGACACUCCUGUUACACAAACUGAACUGUGUUUGUGCCUGCUCAGCAGGUAAAACCAGGUGGGCUGCAGUCCUGUGGAUCAGUGGGUCUGUCUGGCUCAUGCAUACACAUGUACACACACUCACAACAUGGCACUUUGAUAAGUGUGACUGCACCCUUUCUGGUUGAUGUACAUAAAAGAAGCCCCACUGGGUGCCUGCACUGAACCAAACAGAGCUGAGCUGAACCAAACUGAAGUGUGUGAGUGAACGUUGUUCGUGUGAAAGCUGCAGAAGAAGACAAAAAGAGGCCAAACAGAAGUAAAGCUGGCGAUAUGAGAGACUUUGUGAAGACGACAGCGACUACAGCGUCCCAUAAUCCCCUCUGAGGCUCGACUGCGGCUGAUUGAGGGAACCUGCUUGUACAUUCCUUUAUUUUUAAUCUCCUGCUUCACUUUCUCAGUUGAGGCAGGAGCUGUUUUUGACAGCUUACAGGCACAUUAUAAAAUCUGAAAUGCUCAAUUCCUGAAUUUGAUUUCAUGUUGUUUUUGUUUGUGUUUUUCUGCUCUUUUGCAUUCCCAUCCAGCAGAUGUCUCUGCAAGCACAUCCAAGCAUACACAGAAAAUACAUGUACAUUUCACUGUUGUGUUUAUUGUUGUGGGUUUACAGUUUUAACUGGACUACAUAUCAUGACAAAAUCUACAGUGUUCAUUUACAUUAUAGCCAUUUAACUAACAUGACAUUAAGAAGGUUAGUGUUUGGGGCACUUUAAGAGGGCCUGGAAAUUUAACUUGUAGAGUCCUCCUUUUAAAAGUCUUUCUCCAAAGGUGUGUUCUGACCAGAAUUAAGUAAAAUAUAUAUUUACAAUGUUUGAUUGUAGUAAGCUAGAUUUUGACCGAUGAUUAACUUCUGCAGUGUAACUGUCACCCAGCAAGACAUUUGGACACGGAUUCUGCAGAUAAAUACACCGUUGUCGUUUGUGACUAUCAUAAACCUUUUGCAUGCACUCCUGAAAAUGUCUAAAAUCUUAAAGGACAGUCUGCCUCAGAAAUCUUCCUGACUGAACUGUUCAAAGUGGGAGCCUCUCACUGUGAGACAGGUAGAGAGGGGAAGGAUCUCAGGAGGCAAGACAUGAGGUUAAAAGGGCAUCAAAGAAAUUGCAGAUGAAGCAACAGUCUAAUGUUAUCCUGACACAUUUUGCCUUUUUUAUCAAUGCUACAUGUAAUUUGAUGUUUUCACAGCAUUGAAUAAUGCGUGGUAAAGAACAUAUCAAAUGGAAAAAGUUUGAUGCAGCUUCACUACAUCUGCACAGAUCACUUGCCGGUAAAGAAAAUGAUCACCCCUUAAUAUCUAAAUAUGCCCCGGCUUCAUUUACACAUUGCCUCACCAUGACUUCACCUGAAAUUUUAGGGGCUGGCAGGACAAAUUCCUGGUAAUAUUUGGUUGAAAAAUAAAUGCAGCUCUCCCUGAAAAUUUUUUAGGACAUUUUGAGUUUGUGCAUUUGUGGUGACAACUAGUGAGUCAGUCUAUCAGGUCAUUAAACUGGGCUUCAACUAGGUAGAAACAGCAGGAAAGUUCCUUUAAGACACAGUAACUGGGAAGAUGAAAUUGGCCAAGCAUUUUGCACCUCUGGAUAAUGUUAGAAGCAAUUAAAAGUCAGCAUUUGGUUUAAAAUAGUCUCUAAAAAGAAAAAUAUUCUCCUGCCCUGCAUGUAAAGAAAGCAAGGAGAGAUUUUGCCUCAGUUUUGGUCUGAACACAACUAAACAAUAAAGCCAGAUUUAUACUUCUGCUUUGAAUCUACGCCAUAACUUAUGGUGUUGCUGUUAGGUCACGCACCUAAUAUUCACCUCUUCAAAAAUGUCACCACGCAUCCUAGUAAUGCAGACUGUAAGCCCUGUGAUUGGUCCACUGGGUAGCAUCAUAUCUCCUGCAUUCCCAACAUGGAUGACUGCCAGUCUCUGAGUAAUGUCUACAGGCAGAUUGAGCGUACUGUUGUGUGAGAUAAAUGGCUUCAGACAGCAAACCAAAGUGUAAAAUCUACCUGCCGAAAUCCAGAAAAUAUGGUGCAUAAGCUUCAGCCUCUGCCUCUACUGAUUCAGCAACUGUACAUCACAGCUUUGAUGUCUUCUCUUGUUUCUUUUUAGCUGUAAUUUCAGUAUAAUCAACUGCUGCCUAGUAUUUAUCAUCUCCAACACAAUGCAUUCAGUUUCAGUAGCUAGUCCUGUGCAGAACAAGUAGAGAAUGUGGUCCUCAUACUGGCAAUAUCGCUAUGAUAGAAAUCACGCUGUGUAGGCUUCUAUGGCGUUGAUCUCAGAAGCAUAAAUCAUGCUCAGCCCUGCCUCAAACACUGCUAUUUCCAUAAAGCAAUAUCCACCCAUAGCUCUGUUGUUGUGGUAGAAUACGAUGAAGCGUGCACACUUGGGAGAACACCGACUGAUGUGAGACAUACUGUAGAGUUUAAACUUCUUAAUUCACUGCCAUCGUCCUGACCUGUGGUGCCUGUAAUAAGCUAGUUUAACACUUCUCCUCUACAUCCUGGAGGAAUAGAACAAAUAAAUUUCAAGUCUUUAACAUUUUGUACGGUUCUUCCAGCUUACAAACAAACAGCACAAACAGAAUAUUGACAUUUAGGAGCCACUAAAAGCAUGAUUCUUCAGGGUUCAUUUUUGUUUUUCUGAGAACCGAAAUGAAUGAAAAAGCAUUGAUUCAAACUCUGCUUUCAAAAAGAGAGAUUGUAUAAAUUUUGCUAAAUCGUCUCUGUAAAGUGUAAAUACAGUGCCAGUGUGCAGAAUCUGUAGACUUACCUUGUACUGUAAAAACAGAAUGAUGAUAGAAUAUUUAUAUUGGGUCAGUUUUUACUGUAAAUGUUGGGGACAGUAAAUAUGUUUGAUUCGUUGUUCUGAUGACAAAUCAAGUCAAGAUAAAGUGUUAGGAUUUUUAAUGGGAGAGACCACUUUACAUUUUUAUCUGUUUUCUUGUUACAAUAUUUGCAGAAAAUGUCAUUUUUAUGUGUUACAUACAGUAUAUGGUUAACUGAUAAUAUACAGCAAGACAAUGCAGGCUUUAUGGUUUGUUGUCAUUUCUCUAACCAACUCUGUGGAAGAAUUCAUUGAUGAAUUGGAUUUUAGUGGAGCCCCAAACUGACAAAGUGGAUAACAUUUUCAAGUUUUUUGUUUAUGCAGAAUAUUUAGCUAUGUUUUCUUGUUCCUUUUUUCUGAUUCUUGACAGUUUUGCUGCUGAUUUGGUAUUUUUGCAAUUUGGAAAUUCCCUCAAAAAUUCAUCUGCAGGCCAAAACCUGUGAACAAUGCCUCCUCCUUUUAUACAAUUUGUUUAAUGGAGAAUAAAGAUAGCUUGCAUGAAAACCAACUUAAAAUAAAGCUUAAGAUAUGUGGAGAAAGCAGGAGAAACACUAUGGCAUGCUCAGUGGGGAAUACAGUCUAGAAGUAAAACUUCAACUGGAUCUUAUUAGACCUUAACUCAAAAUAUUGUUACUACUUUGGUUGCCAGUAUGUCUUCCAUUGACAUUGCUGUCUUCAUUUAGUCACAAAAAACUCAAAUCAAUAAAUUCUUCUAGUCAAAAUGUUUGUUUACAGAAUUAACAUGGUAGCGCUAGAGCUGGGCAAUUAAUCAAAAAAUAACCAAAACCCACAUUUAGACCCUAUAACUGACGAAAACCUGCCAUGUCAAUUAUUUCAUUUUUUUUCCCUUGCAAUAUCUCUCUCUACUAAUGCGCCACCCCCUUAAAAACAAACUACUAGUUAUGUAGUCACGUGAUAGGCAGCCAGGUAGUUGUAUUUUAGCUGAGUAUUUUUAUUUCAGUUGUCUUAAUAAAUAACCAUGAAUUUUUAAUCUCUACAUGUUCAUCUCAGUUAUUAGUUUUAAAAUUAUACAAAUAUUUACAGAACAAACAGAGUCGGAGGUUGGGGGUGGAAUAAUCGUUCAUUGAUUGUAAUCGAGGUAAAAAGCCCAAUUAAUCGGGAUUUUGAUUUUUGCCAUAAUCGCUCUGCCCUAGGUAGCGCUAAAGUACAAUACAGUCAGGCACAAGCUUCAUGUUAAAAUGUGGGCCAUAUUUCAUUUUCAAGUUUAGAAUUUGCUGCGGGCCAAUCAAAAAUGCACUGCAAGCCAAAUUUGACCCCCAGGCCAUAGCUUGGACACAUUUUUGCCUUAACUGGACUGAAUGUGUAUCAUCCUUGGGAUUUAUAUUUUAAUAAUAAAUCCAUUAUUUAAGGUUUAGCUGGUCAUAUGUGAAGUUCAGCUGGUUUACCUAACAGCACACAAAUGCACAGCAGCUUUACACACUGGAUCCUUUAGAUAUUUAAUACUCUGCCCAGGGAGUUUCAGUUUCCCCCUUUAAUAAAUAAGCCAUCUGAUGUUUUACUUUUUACGGUGGAGAAAGGAAAGUCUGGUGCUUUGUUUUGACAAGCGUUUGACCACAGAAAGCUGUGUAGUUUUGCUUCCAUGUUAACAUAAGUCAGAGCACAACAUUUGGAUCCAAGAUAUGUGUGAUAUUAAUGCAUAUCAGGAUUGGUAACAAACCAGUACGUAACAAACUCCAGGGGUCAAAAAAUUCUAAGAAAAUCAAGAAAAUCUUUCUGUAGGAAACCCCGAUCACUUUGUAAAUCUCAAUUUCUCGUUCCUCUUCCAUGACAACACCAGCAACAGAAAGGAAAAUAAAAACAAGGAUGCAGAGUAUUGCAUCCCACUGCUUUGCAUUGCAUUGCUACUCUUAAAGGAAUCAGCCUUAUCAAGCUAUUUUUGUUCCUGACGCCUGAUUGUGUCGUACUGUUUAGGACAUGCUGUAAAUUAAAAUUUGCAGAGCUUUUUAACCCAACUUUGAGUAGGUUGCAGAAAAAGUCCAAAAGCUUUGUUUUCCUUUUUAUUUAAUCUAUAACAGUACUUUGAUGCAUUGGGAUGUAUCUCUUAAAUUGUGUCAGUUUAGGGGCUCCACAGUACAGAGGUCUGAGUGGACAUGUGCCCAUACAUUUUAUUUUACUCAAUUUUCCUGUGAUGUCAAGUGAAUUGCAGUUGUUUCUUGAGAUCAAGACUUCUUUAUUUCUUUAUGUCCAACAAACAACACUGGAUUCACUUUAUAUUAAGUUAACGUAUUGAAAUUUUAAAAGAGACUAAAAUUAUCUCACUUUCUAGACGCAUCAGUGUUGUCAUGCUGGAAAAAGAGAGAUAAACAACUUGAGAUCCCAGGACAUCAAACAAAACUAACUCUUAACCACUGGAAAGUGUUGGAGAGUGAAAUUAAAUGUGCUGAUUCAUGACCAUAUAGAGCUUCUGUACCAUAUUUUCAACAAAAUAACUCGACAAAUUCAAGCUGUCAUAUCAUUUCUGAACAUGGUUGAUGUAAGCUGUGUCUCAAUUCAGGAGUAGCAUCCUUAGAAGAACCUAUCCUUUGUAUCCUGCAUUGAUCAGGCAGGCCAAUUUGAGAUAAUCCUCUCUAAUUUCAAGGGGUUCUCACCAACAGUCCCCACCCUUACCCUUUCACUCUGAAGUGCUGCCAUCGUUGCCCUGCAAACUAGACAGCUGCAACAGAACUAGCUAGCAUAACGGACAUCAUGCAAGUAAACCUGUUAUUUCAAAGAGAAUUUGAAGUUUCAAGGCCUUUUUUAACAAUAGUACUGGUAGCUGCUUGAUUAAAUUGACUCCAGUUCCUGGCAUGUAAAAUCAUAUUGUUUGGCAGUUUAACUGUUGACCAGCCAUGUGAUAGUUGUGCAAUGAUCUUAAGAGAUGUUGGCUUAUGAAGAAUACACUCAAUGGAUCCUUCAGUGGCCCAGGAAGUGAGACACAUUUAAAGGAGCCUUAAAAAUUGGACAGUUUUUUUGGCAUGCUGCUAUAACCUAAUGGGAAGUUCAUGUGCACCACCUGAAGGAUGCAGCCCUUGAAUUGGGACACAGCUAUUGAUUUACAUUUGUAAAAGCAAACAUUGGUAAACAUGCAAGACUUUAGUUAAUGGGUAACCUGUAAAACAGGUUUUAAUUGGUUUGAUUCAUUUCCUUUUACACAUCUGGAGGAUUGACAAGUGUUUUUUUAUCUAAACUUUAUAAUAACAGUUGCUUGUCUUAUGAUCAGCUGCAUCUUUGUUCAUGAUAUCUCUGAAUAGACAGUAAAUUGUUUGCUUGGAAAUACCAUGACUGGGAAAAAAAGGCAUUGCGACAAACAGCGUCAUCCUCAUUACAAAGGAGGUGCAAAUGUGGUAUCAGCUUCAUUUUCUCUCUGUCAAGCUUUUUUAUUUGCAGCUUACAUGUCUGUGAUUUAAGUUCUGAUGUUUGUGAAGAGAAUCAGUCAUCAGAUCAGUGAGAUUUUCCAUCUUGAGCAGGAGAGUGUGAGGACAGAAGUGUACCAAAGUCAAGAAAUAAAGAAAAAUCCUGUUAAUUGGGUUGUUCUGACACCGGCUCUCCUGCACAUGAGGGAUAUGAAAAAUGGAGUCAGAACUCGGAAAGAGAAGUGUUGUUUUGCUUUGAAUGAGAGAAAAAGAAAAGUGCGAAAGUUUAUCUGUAAGAGAGUUUUUGAGUUGCUGUUGUGAGUUGAAACCCGUGGAGGUUCUUCAAAGAUUGUAUUUCCUAUUUAUUGUGUGUGUGUGCAUACAGCCCAGUCUGGUGUGUUAUGAGGUGGAGACAGACAGAGGAGACAUUGGGGCAGUGGCGUCCUGUCAGCUGGUGUGUCAUAGCCUUGUGCACUGAACUCUACCUCUGCAUAGAGUUUUACUUUUUCUUCAUUUUCCUCUUUGAAGACAAUUUUUGGAUUCCACAAACUCCUUCAUUCAUAAAGAUACCUGUGCUAACAUCAGUCGACUGCUGUACCUGUGACCUUUUGUUUUUUUUUAAUUCAUUGAUAUUUUCUAAAACUUGUACUGUUUAUUGUAAUUCUUAUUAAUGUUAAUGUCAGUUUAUUUCCUUUUCUUGUCUAAUUCUAAACUUUCUCUCUCUCUUCUCUCCUUUUCUCUGUAUGUUUCUAACUUUGAUUUAUCAAACUUCUCCCAAUUCUUCUCUUCUUAAGCAAUGUUUAGAAAAACCUGUGCAAAAUUAAAAUUUAAAA